AUGUCGUACAUGCUCCCGCAUCUGCACAACGGCUGGCAGGUAGACCAGGCCAUUCUUUCAGAGGAGGACCGCGUGGUCGUCAUUCAUUUCAGACACGACUGGGACCCCGCUUGCAUGAAGAUGGACGAGGUUCUGUACAGCGUCGCCCAUAGGAAAUGGACGAUAGUGGGAGAUCUUUCUCAUCUUGUGUAA